AUGGUUAAACAAGUGGAAUUGAAUCUUUCAACGCCUUUGAAAGCUGAGGCUGAUCCAACUAUUAAGCCUAUUCCAUUGGAGCCCGCCUUGGCUACUGCAGCUCUCACGUUGCAUGGAGAUUUUUACAGACAACUCCAAAGUAAGGCGAAUCACCAUAUUUUUUGGCAUCCUAUUACCCAAUUUGUCUUGACUUCAACUCUUUGUGGUUUCGCAUACUACACAUAUUCGGAAUUGAUUGAAAUUUCCGAUUCCAUCCCCGAGUUUUUGUUUUUAGCAUGGAACAACAAGUAUCUCGUGUCCUCGUUCUUUCCCGUGAUUAUUUUCUUGAUUGGAACAAUUGGUAUCAUCAGUUUCCUUGUUACUGAUGAGUUCCGCGUUGUCAGUGACAGUUUAACGGACGAUGCAACCAUGCUGAAGAUUUUCAGGUUUCCAUUGCGCAUUUAUGCCAACUACGAUGAAAAUGACAAGAGCCAAAACUCCUUGGCCUUCAUUGAAAGCGCUUCUCAAUCUACUGAACUUAUAGAAUAUCGCGAGUCUCCUAUUGCAAUUGUGACUGUGAUUCCUUUGCCUGACAAGUCUACCUCAGAGGUUUUUUAUGCCCGUAUCACUGGCUUACACGUUAGAAAGGUUUAUGCCAAGGCGGGACUUCAGAACGAGCUUAUGGAGAUCGCAAAGCUUAAAGCCAAGAGCUUGUGUUCUCGUUACGUUGCAGACAACAAAAUUAAAACGAAAUCAAUGAGGAUAGUCCUUCUUGCGGAGGGCUAUACUACCGAUUCUAUCAUGACCAAAAUCUUCAAGGAGAACAACUUUAAGGCUCUCGAGUCCACCACUAAUGUUAAUCCAUUCUCAGACAAGCAAAGUGCAGACACCAUAUUAAAGCUUAUUCCAGUUUCUUUCUUGAUGAAAAUUUUUGGUAUUUACAGAGUGACGUAUGAGCUCGAACUUGAAAGCACAAUUGAGGAUGUCCCAAAGAAGAACUCAAAGACAACUGCGAGAAAAAGAAAGAACUAA